UAUUCCGAAAAUGACCUCUAUCGAACAAGAUUCGACCCAACUCGACCUAAAUAACCCGUUUGCCAUCUCAUAAUAACAAUAAAAGUCAAUGUAGCAUACAGUGGAAUGCGACAACUUGCAGGUUGUGAAGUUGAUUACUGGUAAGCAUAGGGAUGGAACUUGCUUGGGCCUAAUAGUAAAAGAAAUUUCCUCAAUUGCAUACGGGAAAUACUGUAGAAGAUAAGAGUCCAUCACGCAAAUCCAAAUCUGAGUAGUGAGUAGUGAGCAGUGAAUCAUUGGCUCACUGGUAGGAACAUCUGACUGUAUUUACCUUAAAUAUACUCAAUCUACACAAUCUCCUUCAAAAUCUCAUAAAAAUCUAACCUUAUUACAAUCACAAAGUAACCAAACAUACAAGAAAAAAUUAGAGUGAGAAAAUGGAAGGGGAAAUCCCAGUAGUAGACUUAGAGCAAAUUGAAGGGAAGUCGGAGAAAUUAAGGGAAAUAUGUGAAAAAUUGGGUUGUUUGAGAGUGAUAAAUCAUGGGGUACCCUUAAAAUUAAUGGCAGAGAUGAAAUCUGUGUCAAGACAAUUGCUUGAUCUUCCUGAUGAGAUCAAACGGCGGAACGUGGAUGUGAUUCCAGGAAGCGGGUACAUGGCUCCAUCUGAUAAGAAUCCACUUUAUGAAGCUUUAGGACUUUUUGAUGUUGCUUCUUCUGUCUCUGUCUCUACCUUUUGCUCUCGCCUACAAGCUUCUCCCUACCAAAGGGAGAUAAUUGAGAAAUAUGCUGAAGCAAUAUACAAGUCUGCAAUAGAUAUUGCAAGCAAGAUGGCAACAAGCUUGGGUUUGAAAGGUUACAGUUUCGAAAGUUGGCCUUGUCAGUUCAGAAUCAACAAAUACAGCUUCACCCCAGAAGCUAUAGGAUCCUCAGGCGUACAGAUCCACACAGACUCUGGAUUUCUUACUAUACUACAAGAUGAUGAAGAUCUUGGCGGUCUUGAAAUUAUGAAUGAGUCGGGAGUAUUCGUUGCUGUUGAUCCAUUGCCAGGAACACUCGUUGUCAAUCUUGGAGACAUUGCUGUACCAUGGAGCAAUGGGAUUCUUCGCAAUGUGCAGCAUCGAGUUCUAUGCAAGGGUGCUGGUAUACGUAUGUCUAUUGCAACAUUUCUUUCACCACCACCCGAUCAAAUUAUCGAAGCAGAUCCAGAGUUUGUUGAUGCUAACCACCCUCGCCUUUAUGCUCCCAUCACGUAUGGAGAGUUAAGGAAGCUUCGCUUUGCAAAUAAGCUGCAUUCUGGUGAAAGUUUACAACUCAUUCGGCUUGAUAAUUAGAUAUUUAGAUCCUACAGAAUAUUCUAAGUUUGCUACAAUUACACAAGGACCUUCCUCCCAAGAAUAAAACACCAAUCAAACCUUUGUUUUAAAUUUUUAAGUGUAUUUUUCAAAUGAGAGUUGUUACAGGAUCUUAUAUCACUUGAAGAUGAUAUUUCAUAUUGACAAAAAUGAUAUUUAACAUUCAUUUUGGAACUUAAUCCA